AUGGCGAAUAGACGGUUUCAUCAAACAUCCCCAGUGAAGCGGAAGGCGCUCCCUCGAAACUCAAGAUACAGCGGUGGAUUCUAUGAUGGCGCGUCACAAGAUGACGCCCUACCUAUGAUCUCCUUCGAUGACAGACUUUCCUGGAGCCUGCCUGAUUUUCCCGGUUACAGCCAUACAGACGCAACUUACGAGCCUCGGGAACGUCUCGAUGUGCCAAAGCCGACACACAGUCAGGGGCACGUCGCCGACCAACAACGGGUUGGAAGCAGUCAUAGUUCCGAGGUUUCUCCUCUUCCCGAUCGAUGGGAGGAAACUGUAUCAUCGUCUAACAAAAGCCCAUUCAUCUUGCAGAAUGAGCUUCCCGGGAACAAGGAAGCGCAGAUUCUUCCUCGAAUGUGGAACCCAACGUGGUUGCGCAAAACAAUUCUUUUCGGGUUUAUGUUGCUCUUCUUAGCCCUUGUUGCCGGGCUGGUUAUUCUAUGGCGUUUUGCGCAGAUCAAGGAUGGAAUCAGGACCGCUAUCACUAGCAAUCACUACGCAUGGACCUAUGGCCCGACUGCACUGCUCGUAUUGAUAGGCGUGCCCUGGAGACAAGUCGACUUCCACUGCCGGACUUUGGCGCCCUGGUCACAUCUUCGGCGCGGCCCAACUUCAGCAAAGGGAUCUUUGCUCCUGGAUUAUGUCUCUCCGCCUUUGCCUAUGGCUCUGGUUAAAGCUGUUGCCAACCAUGACUGGGCCGUUCUGGCGGGUGGAAUGGGUUUGUUGUUGCUGAGAAUAGUCAUCGUCUUCAGCACCGGCCUCCUUGUGCUUACACCGACCUAUACUUCCAAAAUACUCUCCGAUGUUAUCGUGAGCUCCAAAUUUGUGGGAACAAACUAUACGAUUGGGCCUGCUGUUAUCGACACCGAACUGAUGCAAUUUUACGGUAUCCAACAACGAGGGCUAAACUAUCAAUACGGCACGUCAGCAAGUGUCGCUUACGACACUCUUCACUUGCAAUCUCUGCCCGCAAACGCGACUGUGACAGCGAUGGUAGACGGUGUGUUCCCGUUCUUCAACUGCGAAGUGGUAAAGCCCGAAAUUAUUGGCAACAACUUCACCUGGAGCAACGAUGGCGGAUAUCCAUUCGGAGACAAACUAGAUCUGAGGCUUACUCUGUCUCCUGCAGAAUGUCCUCCUUUGACCACUUACUAUGAGUUGUGUCAAGCGCCCGAAUGUCCUGUUGGGCGAUCUAUCAUCUCUGAGGAAGUCUGGAGCGCUCUUUCUCCCCCAGUCGACGAUCUCGAUCCUUGUGCCAACCUCUACGCUCUCACCUUGAUAGACAUCAAUUUUGAAGAGGUCACAGGACACCCAAAAAACACCAGUGCUGCAUGGAAUGUGACCUUGUCCGAGUCGGUUGGUAUUGUCUGUGGUUCCGGAUACACGGUCGACAAAGUCAACGUCACGAUCAAUACCGCUGAUCCCACCUCAAGUGGUGGAGUCAAUGCCUCUGGGCCCCUCCAGCGCAUUGCAAAUGUUCUUCCUGGAUACUCGUACUACAAUCUGAGUAUGGCUCUCCAGAAUGAAAUCACCGUAAACAGCCUUCCGCCUACGCCGGAAGCUCCGGAUAUACAUCUAUUUGCCAGGUUAUUUGCCGUUCUCGCCGGCGGCUCCGCUGUUGAAUUGUUAAAUGUGACCACAUUGAAAAACACUGCCGAGAAAGCGUGGAAGGGUGUAGGAGUCCAACUCGCCCACUCAUAUCUACGCAAGAAUGACAACGCCACGACUACGGCCAGUGUUUUAUACCAGGAACCGAGACUUCAAGUCCGAGAGUUGAGCGUGUGGGCUAUGAGCGCAGGAUGUAUGUUGCUGACACUCGCUGCUGCUGCUGUUCUCCAAUGGCGCCCAAAAGACGUCGUCUCGCGCCAACCCAACUCUAUUGGCGCUCAAGCAACUAUACUUGCUGCGAGCCCUACGCUCCAGAAGUCAUUAGAGACAGCCUCGAGCUACUCAGGUGUACAAUCCGAAACUCAUCUACAGGGUCUAGUUGCGGCGUCUCACAUCAACAGUGAGCGCGCAAGCCUCGAAUUCUCCAUCAAGACCUCCGUGCAAGAAGGAAAUGAAAGAAGACUGACGGAUGACUCAAUCAAUCAUUCUUGGUGGGAAAGCAGCUCUACCAAAUUCUGGUUCAUGUCUGCUGCUCUUGGGCUUCCGCUUGCUGUCAUCGUAGUUUUGGAAGUCUUGCAACACGAGUCAAAUGCCCACGAUGGGCUGGUCACCAUCUCUAGCUCUCCUAUCUAUCAUUCACUACCGAGCAUCCUCGCAUCAAUCAUUUUGAUAUGCAUCGCAAUCAUGUACGAUGCCAUUGAUUUCGCCACAUCGACACUUGCGCCGUAUCAGGUGCUGGCUCGAGGCAGUGCACCAGCAAAGCAGACAUUGCUCAGGACAUCGUCAGGAAACCUCCCAAUCUGGUCCACCUGGAAAGCAAUCCGUGGGCGUCAUAUGGAAGCCGCCGCAGCAUCGGUGGCCGCCCUCAUUGGCAGUUUGCUGACAAUCGUCGCCUCGGGCCUUUACACGAUCGAAGCUGUCCCAGCUGUCCUCGCCGUUACCGCAAUCACGUCCGACAAAUUUGUGCCAUCGUUCGGUACUUCAACAGACGGAUCAGCUGGUGCUAUUUUCACGCUGAUUGAACAGAAUAACGUGUCAUACCCGGCACUCACGUAUGAUGGAUUAGCUUUCCCCAACAUCCAGACCUCUAGUUUGGGAGCGGAAACCCUGAAACAAAUGAGCGAUUCUACGCAUGCAGUCACACUUCAAGCCAAUGUUGUGGCUAUGAGGGCAUCGCUUAACUGCACAUUGGUCCCGAGAAAGAACAUGAUCAUGACGAUGUAUACGAAUCUGAGUCCUGAGGCAUCUACCAGCUGUCGAUCAAAUAACAUUACGUUCUAUGCGGAUCUGCCCCCAUCGUGUCCGCACUUCCUAGAUGGAGAAAAUCAAACAGCGACGAAUAUUCCCUUCACAUCCAUUGUACAACAUACUUGUGAAGGCCAGGGCGGUCUCGCUAUCCAUGAGCAAGUGGUUCUCAAUAACCAGGGUGCAACGGGUAUCAUCGACACAGAUACCACCGCAGGGUAUACCUUGGGAGCGGCAAGUAAUCCUCCCGGAUGUCCAUCGUUGGCGUUCAUGUCUGGCUAUUUUGUUGAGAACGUCACCUCGACGGAAAAUGUUACGGCCAUGACGUGCAUCCAAGGAUUGGAAGAGGUGCACGCGGAGACUACUUUCUCGAUAUCGGGAGGCUCUUAUCAGAUCACGUCGGAGCCAAAGGUAGAUGAGAGCUCGGCCCGUUGGCUACAGGCGUUCAAUAGCACGUACUGGUUUACGGGGCCCAAUACAUUCGCAGAAUUCAACAACCGUGAAGCCCCGACUCUCUUGGUCGAUUUUUUUUACUCACAGGUCAACUACGGUCCCGAUGGAAUCCCCGCCGACGAGCUGACAGGCCCCAAUAACACACAGCGCUUCAUCGACGCCACUCAACGCAUGUAUCGUCGAUAUAUGGCGCAACUCAUCAAUGCCACCAUGCGGCGCAGCCUGAAUGAGACCGAAGCAGCUUCGGCACCCCAGUACCAAGGGUCCAUCACGGGGAUCAGCCGGAUGCGCCUCAAGCAGAACGCCACAUCGAAGCUGAUCCUGCAGAUCUUCCUCGGAAUCAUGCUCGUUUGCGGCGCAUUCGUGUACGGCCGGCGUAACAUGCGCCGCGUCCUUCCACAUUGUCCAUGGAGCAUUGCGGGAACCAUGAGCUUGCUUGCAGGCAGCGAGAUCAUCGACAGGAAGAUCAUCCCCGUCGGCGCGGAGUUUAUGAGCGAUGGAGAGUUGAAGAGGGUGUUCGAGGGCUACGUGUUCAGUCUUGGGUGGUGGGAUGAUUCUGAUUCAACCGACCGAGACGGGACGAGUAGUCCAGCAGGGCAGAAGCACAAAAGAUUCGGCAUCGAUAUCGGCAAGGCUGACGCAAAUGCUAGUGCAAAAGCAUGA